UUUACUUCUUAAGCCAGAAAAAUGACAUUAAAACUAUUUCUUUUCCAACUUUUGGUAUCCGUUGCAAUACAGGCCUUUCCUUCAGAGCCAAAAACUGUAACAGAAAUCACAUCAAAGGCAUCUUACGUCAACAAAACAGAGUGUAAUGAAAAGUUGAUAUGGUACCAAGAUAUGAUAAAAAAAGUACAGAAAAUGUUCAUCGCAUAUAUGAAAGAUCGCAAGCAGUUAAUAGUGUUAAAUAUUAAAAUAACGGGUGUAAUAAAAACUAAGCAUCGUGAGUUUCAUAACAUGAUUUCGAAAGCAUUGAAUAAGUUGAAAAAAGAUGAAACGAUAACCAACCGCACAUCACACACAAUCCCCUUGACUACUUGCAUCAUGGAAAUAGAAUUGUUUAGAAGAAUGAAUCAGAAUUUGACAAAAGCUGCAACAAAUAUUAAGACCAACAUGUUAAAUUUUCUCGACGCCUCAGGAGUACCAAAAAAAGUGAGAAAUCAUUUCAACGAUAUUCUUAGCAAGAUCGUCAAUUUCCUAUACCUAACCAAUCUAAUUGAAAAUGUAUUGAAAGAUGAGCAAACUUUAUUGAACGACGCUAUUAAAAGAACUAAGAAAGGAAUUGCGUAUGAUAAAACAUAUGAAAUCAGUGAGGAUGGUGAUAUAGUAGAAAGUUCCACAGAUAUUAGCGAUGAAUACAGAGAAGUCUUGGAAGAGAACGAAGAAGACAGACGCAUGAAUGAAGAAAUCAGCAGACUUCAAGAUGAUUCAGAUAUCAAAAUAGCUGAAGCAGAGGCAUUAUCACGUGAGGACGAGCGUAUAAAUGAACUUGACGGAAAUGAUAACAUUUUAAAAUAUAUACUUCGUCAUCGCGAGCCAUUCGUAAAAACUUUCGAUUAACAAUUACCUUGAUUAUUUGAGUUUAAGAAUAAUGAUGUAAUCCCAUAAUGUAUGGCACUCAACUGUUAAAAUAGCUCAUAUUCAGGUACUUUAAGGAUUAAAAAUAAAAAUAAAAAAAUGUAUCAUUAAAAAUUCCAUAUCCAUGGAAGUAAUUAUUGGAGCUGUCAUUGUUUGAUUCAUAAUAUAAUCUAGCUAAAUAAUAAGAAGUCAAAUUUUUAUUUCAAUGAUUAGUAUAUUUAAUUCGAAUGUGAAAUAUUGUUUCAUUGCAAUAUCAAGUGCACUAUUGUUAGCGGAUAUUAUGAGGUAUAAAAAUUAUCAACUUUAUUCUGUUUCAGUGUGAUUACUGGAAGACAGUCUAUUUGAAAUCGAAUGCAUGAUGGUUCAUUUCAAAUCCUAACGUCAUUUCUAAUAUAUUUUGAAAUAGUAUUCCAUUCGCAGAUCGUGUAUUUCGCUGUCAAAGUAGAUAUAUUUAAAUAUUUUUAUCGUACGACUCAAAAAAAUUAAAUUAUGACUACUGCUAAAAGGUAAAAAAAUGAAAUUGUGACUACUGCUUCAAGCAUUAAAAUUUGUUAUCGUUGUCUUGAACUGGUAAACUGCAAUGACGUUAAUCUUAAAAAUAAACUUUUUUUGCUAUUACUUAUCUCUCAAGCCAUCGUCUAAUUGUCACUAUAUAACUAAUUAAAGUUCUUUGUUCAAAUGUAAUCAAAAUUGAAAAGUGACAUGUAGGCGUGUACGACAUAUCUUUAUAAUUUGUUUUCAAAUUUCAAUUAAAUCACUUGACGUUUCAGUGCAAAUGGCAAUUCAUCAUAUUGACUUGGAAACAGUCAUAUAGAACAGAACGUAUAAUGAAGAGGAAAAUGAGUUUUAUGGCUUGUCGUAAAAAUCUUGUCAUUAUAAUUUUUCAGUAUAAAUUAUAUUAUUCUUGGUCGUGAGUACAGUUUUUACCGAUUUUCUUUUCCGAAAAAUAAAAAUUAAAGUGAUAUUUAAAUUUCUUAUUUUUAAAUUUUUAAGUACCGCUAUAAUACAGAUAAUAUUUCAUUAUUUUAUAACACCGUUUGUUUUAAUUUACAUUUAUUAUGAAAUCUAACACGGACCGCAAAUGUAAGAUCUUUGAUUUACCAUAAUUGGCAAUAAUUUAAGGGCUCUGUGGAAUAAGAGUCUUUGAAAAAAAUUUAAUACGCACUACAGCUGAAUAGGAAAAUUGAGAAACUAAAUUGUUAAAAUAAUAUCUUCUAGAAUAUGUGAAAGCAUAUCUAUUUUACUUUUCAACAUUCUAUUAAAAGAAUUAGUAAUAGUCGUGACACUGAUGCAUAAGUAUCCUUUAGGUCAUAUGUAUACAAUUUUAUCUUUAAAACUUCUAGUGACUAAUGAAGUCUUGUGUAUAUGAGAUCGUAACUUUCGAUUUUCAUUUUAAAGACCCGUUCAGAAUCAAUGAUAAUGAGUUUAUUUCCAUUUAGUUUUACUUUUGAUCUUUCAAUUAUAUUCUAUACAUGAUUUUCUGUCAUCGAAUUCGACUCCUCAAUUAUAAUUUGCUUCCACGAUUCCUACUCUUUAAAUAAUUUA